UGGCUUGGAAUCACAAGCUAUCCCCUUGGUUGUAGUCCGCCGCCAUAUUUUCCACGUAAACAUGAGACUCAACUGAAAUGACGUCGAGUAGGUGCAUUCAUAGCCACGCCCAUUGGAAAUUUGCCGGACGCCCAAUCUCCAGUCUUCCUUAGGAAAAAUGGCAGCUGUUUCUGGGCUAAGAACCCUUAUUAGUGUUCGUCAUUCAGUCAUUUGUCAGAGCUUUAGGCUUGCUCCUCUACAGCUGACCUUAACCCGCCUCUCCUGGCGGCAAUAUAGCGACAGCAAUGGACAACAGCUGCAGUCUAACACAGAGAACAAAUCUCUGCUCGAGAACCUAAAUCUCCUGGGAGUGGAUGUAAAGAUGGCACGUCAACGUCAGCCAGGCGUGCUACGUAAGACCUUCACCAACGAGUUGGGUCUCGCCAAGUUCCUGCAAGGAAAAGGUGCCAGCCGCAACGUAAUCGCCAGCAUCGUGUCCCGUUAUCCCCGCGCCAUAACCCGUUCUGCUGAUCACUUGGAGCAGCGCUGGCAGCUGUGGAGGAACGUUUUUAACACGGACGCUGAGAUUGUGAACAUCCUUGACCGCUCGCCAGAGUCUUUCUUCCGUUCUAGUGACAACGAGAACCUGAAAAAGAACAUCGAUUUUUUGAUCUCGCUGGGAUUAAACUCCAAAGACCUUCAUCGGCUGCUGACCACAGCACCUCGGACUUUCUCCAACAGCCUGGAGCUCAACAAGCAGAUGGUGGAGCUUCUAGAGGACAUCUGUCUGGAGCUAGGUGGAAAGAAUCCAGAACAGUUUGCUAAAAGUGUAAUAUCUAAAAACCUCUAUAUCCUCAUCAGAAGUACUAAAAGAGUAAAAACCAACAUUGAUAAUCUGAAGACUUCGCUUAAAUUAAGUGAUGCAGAACUUCUUGCCCUGCUUCAGGGCCAUGGGGCAGACAUUUUGGACCUCUCCAAUGAGUAUCUGAAGAAAAACGUGAACAACCUUGAGCAGAAGAUGUCUUCACUGGGCUGUAAGAAAAAUGACAUAAAGAAACUGAUAAUAAACUAUCCCAUGAUUCUCUACAUUGGGCCGUCCACUCUGAACCCCAAACUGGACUGCCUCCUUAAAGGAGGCAUAACAAUAAAGCAAAUAUUGGAGAAGCCCAAAGUCCUGGAUUACAGCACACAGAACAUUACAGAGCGACUGAAAGAGCUGCAGAGGGUUGGAUAUGAUUUUGAGAAAAACGGGAUCCAUAUCCUGGACACUAGCAAGAAGCGCUUUGUGGCAAAAAUAGAAAAACUUUCAUCCUUGCCUGAGGAUUGAAUGCAGCAGUUUUUACUUUGUUGAAAAAUAUUUCUGGAUGAAGCCUUCCUUUGUAUACCUGGUUAUGACUCAUUCUUAAUUCAUUGCAGUAGCAUAAAUAGAAAUUUUGGAGAAUUCAAUUUCAGU